ACAAAGAUGGUGUCGCGACGUAAAAUUCUAUCACGUUCACGCGACGAUCUUAAUCUUGACCAGACAUUCACCCAGCAGGAGGAGGAGGAGGAUGUCUGGUAUCAGAAGGAUAAACUCUACAAGGAACACAUACAGGAAGUGCUGGACAAAUGGACCCAAAUCGAUGAUGAGAUCUGGGCCAAAGUAAUUGUCUUUGAGCGGAAUCGACGUGUGGCCAAGGCAUACGCACGUGCCCCGGUGCUGACCAUAAAUGGGUCCGACGACGGUUUCGACGGCAUGCGAAUCGGCCUGUGCGGCUUCGACAAUCCGAUGCGGGACCAGAAGACGGACGAGAUGAAGCGCGUCAUCGGGCAGGGCGUGAAGAUCAAAAUGGACGACGCUGGCAACAUACUCGUCCGCCGCUAUGCCAAGAGCAAUGUGUACGUCAAGAGCACCGCCAGCAGUCCCAAUGAGGAGACCUCCAUCGGUGCCGAAAUCUUGAAGCUGCCCAAUCAGGCGCUCGAAUCCGAAAAAAUAGUCAAGCUCUUCGACAUGAAGAAGUUCCAAUCGAAUGUAAAUCGUGAGCUGCGCCGUGCCUAUCCAGAUCGCCGACGCUUGGAGACGCAGUGCCUGUCGGCCGUGGCCUUUGUCAAAUCGGAGAGCGAUGUCUUGGAGUGCCCCAUUUGGGUGCUCAUUGUGAAUGUGGUAGCCAUGGAUAUGCUCAAAAGCAAGUUGCCACCAGUGCAACGCCCCAUUGUGGACAUUAAGAAUCGCCCGCGCAUACCCAUACCCGAUGAGGAUCCCUACAGCGUGGCUGGCAAUGGCAGCGGCGGCAGUUCGGGCAGCUCCGGAUUUGGCAGCGGCCACCAGCAGCAGCUGGGGAAGCUCUUGAACAACGGCAAUAGCGGACAUGUGGCAGCCACGCGGGAGCAGCUGCUGCUGCAGACGCAACAACUGGCCCACAAACGCAGCGAGAAGCCGCCCAAGCUGCCGCCCAGGGACAAUGUCUAUGCACACGAUUUGAUUCCAAAGCCGGACUAUGAUGACAUUGAUUUGGAAACACGCAUCAAACUGUCGCGCGGCAAGUCGGACAAGGGCAAGGACAACAAGAAAUACGAUGAUCCCUACUAUUGCGGACUGCGGGCACGAGUGCCCAACUUUGUCAAGUCGGGCAAGAAGGGCUCGGGGCAAGGACUCAAGGAUCAGCGGGAUGGCAAUGGCAACAACAUUAACAUCAUCAACAAUAACAACAACAGCAACGGAGGCAUGAGCACGCUCAGCCAAAAGAAGACCUCGAUGAUACACAACCACUUGUCGGGCAUGCAUCCACACCACAUACAGCAGCAGCAGCAGCUGAUGGCCGCCGCGGCGGCUGCCCAUGCUGUGCACCACCAUCCUGGCCAUCAGCAGCAGCAGCAGCAGCAGAAUCAUCACCAUCAGAUCUGGCAGACGCGCAGCUAUGAGAGUGGCAUAGGUAUUUAUAAACAGGGCGUGGCUAGCACGCCUCAACACAAAUCGCACGCACUGCAAAUGCAACUGCAGCUGCAGCUGCAACAACAACAUCAGCAACAACCACAGUCACUGCCAACGGACCUAACAACAGCCACAACAACCAAGACACAAAGCACACCCAACAAAGCACGUAGCCACCAGCAGCAGCAGCAGCAGCACCACUUGCCACCACAGACCCGCACUCCGCACGCACAUCCGCAUCAUAAGCACCAGCACCAUCACAAUCACAAUCACAGUCACAUGCAUCAGUGCGAGAGGCAUGCGCGCCACCAGGCGCCCAACCACCCCACCCAUCCACCGUUCUACGACAACCUGGAGGAGUCGGUGGGUCGCCAGGUGUCUCGCCGUCUCUCCACCCGCCGCCCGGUGGCUGAGAGCGCUGCCGGUGCCUGCAACUGCGUGAGCUGCUAUGCAUUGGCCCCGCUUUGUGGGUCCGUGCCGCCGCCACGGCCCCUGCGCAGUCUCAGCCAGCAGCAGCUGCGCCGGCAUCAGAGGCUGAGCGGCAGUCUGGUGGAGAAGCAGGCCGGUGUGGUCAAGUGGUGCAGCGAGAGCGACGUCUCGGUGCUGGAGCAUGUGCAGGAGGAAGACCCGGACGAGCGGUACGACGACUGCUAUGAGUACGACGACUUCGACAUGGACUUUGACAUUGACGACGACCUUACAGCCCGCAUGGGCUACAGCCGGGGACCGGAGACGGUGGACAUGUACGUGGAUCGAGCACAAUUGCGCCAGAUCCAAGCGCCCGCCGUGCUGGCCAGCUCGCGCACCAAGUCCCAGUCCACCGAGAGCUUCUUCGAGCAGCCGAACGAAGAGGGCUCCCUGUAUAUGUACGGCGGGCGCAAGCGCAUUGUGGCCAAGGCGCCGUCGGCGGCCAACAUCUAUGAUCGGGUACGCGGCUCAAUGGACCCCGACAGGGGCUAUGCGAAUGGCAGGUUCAAUUUGGCAGCCAGGACGCAGUACCACAACAGGAGCAGCCAGCACAAGGCGCCGGUGCUGCCAUCGCCCAGUUGGCGGGGCGGCAAGCGACUGCAGCAGGAGGCGAAACAUUUUCAAAACUCUGACAAACGACGAUAUGACAAUGCAACGAACAACAACAACAGCAACAACAAUAACAACAGCCACAACAUCAGCAGCAACAAGAACAAAAGACAGUUAACGAACAGCAACAAAAACAAUGACGACAUCUUGAAAAGCAAAAAUAAUUUCAAUAGUAAAAACAAAAGUAUAGCAACAUCAGCAUCAGCCCAAGCACAACAAGCGAAAGCGACCACAACAGCAUCAUCUAGCGGUGGAGCAGUAGCAGCAUCAGCAACAACAACAGCAACAGCAACAAUGACCACUAAUGCCAGUGGAGGAGCAGCAGUUGCAGUUGCAGCAGCAUCAAAAAAAGCAUCACCAAUACAUGACCCAACGGCGAACAAUGCCCAGGCGGCGGCCAAUGGACUGCUGCAUGGACCGCCACCUCCCCCAGCUGCCAGAACUGGGCGCAGUGCCAGCCGCCUUGACAUCAGCGACAUGGAGUCCAUUUAUGGCUACCUAAAGCCACGCAAGCCGCGCAGUCUCAGCCUGAAGAAAAUUCAAAUACUCGACUAUUGAACGAACGCAUACGCAUACGUCUACGUUUACUGAAAAUGAGGUUAUUUUGGCACAGACAACGUCGAUUUCUGUUACUUGUUUUGUGGGUUACCCCUUCGGAUCGGUUGCUGUACAUAUAAAUACCACCAUACCAUAUAUAUUAUACAUAGUUUUUAUGUUGCCCAAUCCACCACCAACCCGCCAACUUUGAGAACCCGGUGAACAGAACUAAACUGUACGAAAUGUUUACUAACUCUUACCUGGACUCCUAGACUCCUGGACAGCCACAGCUACUACUGCCGUUGUACAUACACAUUAAUAUCUGCUUAAAUGAUUCAGGGAAUGCUUAUUUUAUUUGGGAAUCGCUUUGUAACCUUUGA